AUGGUGGAUGGAGUCACGGACCUGUCCGAGUUUUGUCGGCAGCUCGAGAGCUUGGUUGAAUUAUGUGGCCAAACUGGUAAGGUGGAGAUGAGUCGAUACUUCGAAGUGCUGAAUAAAUGCGACUCCGUUCUCCGAGUGGCUAUUGAACCAGUGGAUGGAGGCCAUGCCUUGUACAUUGAUGUUAAUGAUAAUCUGGAUCAUGUUCUCAUCGCCGUUCUCAAGUUUACUGCAGCUUUAUUCGAAAACAGUUUUUCCAGAUCUGUGUACAAUUCUUUUGGGGUAAGUGAAUGGACAUUAUAUUAUUUAUUGGUUUAGGAGCUCAUCAAACUUUUGGAUACUCGCAAGACCAAGAUACUUAUCUACGCCUUACGAGUCAUGGUAGCCAUAUCCAAGACUUCUCGGUACAUUUCCCAACAUGUUGAUUCUGCCCAUCAGAAGCUAAUGAAUUCAAAGUUAACCGCAAUGACACAUGUCUGUCCAGAAACUAUCUACGGACCAUUGUCAGAAGUUAUUAAUCUCAAAGAACAUCCCGAAAGGCAUGGCUGGAUAACGUUCAAAGUUGAUGGGAAACACCAAACAAUAAGACUGGACGAAAAUAAAACCUUUCUGGAGCAGAAAGCGGAGUUGUUCAACAUGUCGAAGUCAGAGUCAACCGACGAGAAGGAAGAGGGAACUGAGAGGAAUGUUAUCAUUUCAGAGCUUCGGUUUUUCUACUCGUUUGACAAUUUUGAGACUCGAUUGGAAUGCAUAAUAUCAAAAUUAAUGGCGAUCUCUUCGCUCUGUGAGUAAUUUCAUUGUUGUAGUUAGUUUUUAGUUUAUUCUCGCUGCCUUUUGGAUGAUUGGGGCGUUGGAUUUAUAUUGAAUGAGGGUCUGGUUGAGGAAGUUUGUGUUCUCGUUCAGCUGGACACCCAAAAUUAUGAUCCAUCGUUGAAGACCUGUUUGGACACACUGAAGACAGAAGCGUUGAAGGCGUUGGCCAGUAUUGUUUUCCUUGAGAAGCCUCGAAAGUAAGUCGAUUUUGUUUAUUCGAUUUGUUUUGUAGGUUGCAACUGGUGGUUGACACCUUGGGAUUCAAUUCUUUUCUUGGCUACGGCGCUUCUUUGGUGAGAAGAGUUGUCGAGAAUCUGAAGAAAGAUAAUGUUUUGGUUGAGAGCCCUGGCUUUGUCACGGCUCUAUUUUCCUUGAUAUACCACAUUGCCGGGUUUGAAUAUGGUGAUUUUGCUUUUUAAAUAUAUUUUGGGUUUCCUGUUCUGCAGGGUGGGGCAUCUUUGUGGCCCGAUUUGAAUUGGCUAUAACUUUUUUAGUUUUUGGCUAAAUCUUAAAAUUCCUUUUUCUUUGAGCCCCAUUUUGCUUAAUACCAAAUUUGUUAUAUGUACGUGGGUUUAGUUCAUAGUUAUUGGGUUUGGGGAGAAAAACAAUUUUAAAAUUUGGCCAAAAAAUAAAAAGGUUAUAGCCAAUUCAAAUCGGGGCAGAAAGAUGCCCCACCCUGUACUUUUAUUUAUUGUUUUAUUACAGCCGGAAACGCCCUAGUCAGUGUUUCGACAAUCCCAACAUUACUGGAAGUCGUCAGUUUGACUGCAUUGCCUGACGCUCAUCUAAGUUUUUCAACUCGGGCUGUUCGAAUAAUCGACAUCUUGACUUCAAUCAACUUUACGGAAUUCAAUAAUCACAAUGGAUUACAAGUUAUCGUGAACAGACUGAUCUUCGAGGUUGGUCGAUGCGAGGAAUUCAUUAAGAACCAUGAAGCUGUUCCCAAGAGGAAGAUUGUUGUUCAUCAUUACCGAUCCGCUCUCAUCAAAUCUCUUCUGAACUUUAUGAAACGAGCUGUUGUCGAUUCUAACUAUGGAAAUCAUGUGCGAACAAGUAAGAUCUGUCUUUUCUUGAUUAUUUCUUUAGUUAUGGAAGGAGAUCUCCCGAAGGCGUUGGUCAAAAUAAUCGAGAAUCCUCAGUUUUUCGGAGCGUCGCUCUUAUAUUGCGGUAAGCCAGAGAAACUGGAAGGUUUAUGCCGUUUUAGCUCUGGAUCUUCCAACAGUCUUCAUCUUUCAAGAACCAGCCCAACUUAAUCUUUUGCAAGAUCAAGGACUUUCCAAUGCCAUAAUUGAUCUUUUUUUCAACGAUGAUUUCCCAGUUAGUCGAGAAAUAAUUGCCUCCCUGCCCAACAUCUGCUCGGCUUUAUGUUUGAAUGAGAGAGGCCUGAAAGCGUUCAACGAGAGAAAGCCUUUGGAAAGGAUUCUGAAGUUAAUCUUUUCUGCGAAGUUUGUCCAAACACUUAAGAAACGAAAGAAUGAAUUGAGUAAGGCUUUCUUUAGUUUACGAACGAUUUGGCGUUUCAGAUGAUCUGUCUUCUCAGUUGGGAACUACAUUUGAUGAGUUGAUGCGUCAUCAGCCAACUCUCAGGAAGCCUUUGAUCUCAGCUUUGGCUGAUACUGCUAAAGAAUUAAUUGAUCUGACACAAGAUCCCAACGUCCAAUGUGUCCAGAAUUUGCCUGUCAAAGGACUCGAAUGGAAGAAACCGGAUAAAAAUGAGAAGCUUGAUCUGACCGUAGAAACAAGUCAGUCCGUUGAAUUUGAAUCUGUUAUGAAGAAUUGGAAGGCCGCGGAUGCUAUGGAGUUAGAUCAGAAGUUCUCUCUAGGGUGGGUAUAUUUUUUCUAAGACAUCUAUCUGCUUUAGGAGGAAUAAUGUACUCGUGGUUAACAUCGUGGUAGAGAAGGAAUCAAAGUUUGAGAUGCUCCAGGAUAAUCUUUUGUUGUCCACUGAUUUCGUCCUUCUUUUCUCGAGGAUUAUUGAGUCCAUUUUAUCGAACAGUAACAUCUCAGAAAAUAGUAAUGUAAUGAUGGAAUGUGACAUCACCAAUUACUUGCUUAAAAUGGUCUUAGCCGAGAAGCCUAUCCUUGGAACACAGAAUCAAGGCUUUAUGACAUGUUUCUCGAAUAUUUGUCGUCUGUUUUUGGUAUAGUUUGUCACCUCAUAUAAUAGUUAAAACUUUUUUUCAGCAAACUAGGAAAAUCUCUCCGUAUAGUAUGCUGGCUGCAGCUUUCAGAAAGCAGAUGAAAGAAUUUGAAGCAAUUGAUAAGUUUUUGGAUCAGAUCAAGACAGAGAAGACGAUUCCCGAGCUCUCCCGGCUUUUUACCCUCGCCGCCAUCUUCGCCAAUUUUAACAAGCACAGUCUCAACAUCAAUCAUGAGAUCCGUGCCCUCAUCUUGCAUUACGUUUCGUCAGAUCCAGAAGGUGUGAAGCUUAUCCCCGAAUUAUUCGAAUCUAUCAGACGAUUCUCUUUGGUUAUUUCGAAGGUACAUAUUGAUCAUUUGGCCAAAAAUGCGAAGAAGGAAGAGGAGAAAAGAGAAAUAAAGGAUAAGGAACAAGAGAAGCCAAGCUCUGCAUCCCAAACUCAGCCGACCCCCGUGCCUGUCGACGCUCCGUUGUCUUCACUUGCCAGACCAGUGGAGCUCCGAGUGCCAGUAUCUAACCGACGCCAAUCAGUUAUUCCUUCAAGUUCGUCUGCCGGGGAUGCCACUGCUUUGUGUAAUGUUUUCCGAUGUAUCGUGGAUAUUGUGGAACAGAUUGCCCGGAAUUGUAAUUCGACGAGGAUCCGUCGAGGCAACGACCCAUACCAACCAAGCGUGUUCAAAAUCCCAGAGUGCUUAUUCUUGGAAAUGAAGAAGCUUCUUGAUUUGGAAUCCAUCGAACCGGAUGUCAGGUAACUUCCUCUAGAACUGUGCUUAUUUUUAGAUCAUGUUAUGCUUCCAAUGUAUUACCGUUGCUUCGGAAACUGCUUUUUGAUGACUCAAGAAAUUUAUAUUCAAUGAUGGUCUCUUUCUUUUAUGAAACUGGAUGCCAUAAGGCUUUCUUCAACAUGGUUGAAGUCCUUGUUCAGAAGGAUAAGCAGACCUCUUUAGCAACUAUCAAUAGUUGGCUGAACAUUGCCCAAAGACUUGUCACCGUCGAUUCGAUGCUCAAUUCUCCGUCGAGAAACAGAACUGAUAGGAAUACCUUAAAGUCCGGGUUUGACAUAAAGAAAUAUGUUGGCGUUUGCCAAAGGGUAAGAAAUCGAGUUUGUAUCUUUUCUAAUCAACCUAUCUUUUUUCAGGAUGCUCUGAAAGGGCUCAGUCUUUUGUUUAACGAAGUGGUUGAGCAAAAUGAAGAUGCCGUUGUGAAGCCAACUAUGGCCGCUGACAUCGACUUAAUUUUGGCAGUUCUGAAAGAUUUGAUUCAUGGAAUUAUUACAUUAAAGAACCAGGAUAGAAGUUCUGGAAACAAGCCACUGGAAGCGUUGACAGACGAGAUCAAUCAUGAUGAUGUGAACACCUUGAUUGACAUGGGUUUCUCCAGAAGCGAGGCGCUGGAGGCCCUUUCCAUCCAUGGCUCUGUUACGGAAGCUGCUGAUUAUCUUUUGACAAGUGAUAGAAGGCCUCCUGCAGCUGAAGUAAGUCUAUAUUUAAAACUAAAUAUUCUCGUUUGUAGAAUAUUGCAACACCUACGGAAAGCAGUAUGGUUCCAACUGAGGGAAAUGUUGAAGAGAAGCCUGAGAAGGCAUUGAAACCACUGGAAAAAAUGGAACUGUCGAAGGAAGAUGGCGUUGAUUUUCAGGUAUGAUUUUCUCUUUUCGCCAAAUAUUUAAUAUAUAUUUUAGAAAUCCAUCAAGUAUCUGUGUGAAAAGGUGGUCCCACUAUGCUUAAAAUUGCUUCAGAGGAAUUCUUCUAUCAUAUACAGUAUCGCGGAUCUUUUGAAAGUUUUCAUUCAUGAUCAAGAUGCCUCAGAAUGGUUGGGUGAGAAGAUGGUUGAUCAGCUGUUUGUGUCCAAGUUUGAUGAGUUAAUUUCGUCUUUAUUGGAGGACCUUUCUCAAGAAGAGAAGGUUGUUGUUUUUGGCAGUCAUUGUCAUUUGAUCUGCUUGUUGUGGUCUGGAUUUGAUGAAGUUUUUAUCCGGAAAUUGGAGGAUAGAAACCUGUAUUCAAAAUCAGUUGACUUAUUGACGAAAGUAAUUGAAGAUUCGUCUACAGAAUCACCGUAAGUCGCUACCAAAUCUAAAUGUACUCUUUUAGAAUAUUGGCCCCUUUGUUGCUCUGGAUCGAUCUUUACGAAAAGGAAUGGGAGUUGAUCGAACGGGCCAAGCUAUUCAAUCAGUUUGUCGAAGGUUCUGUUCAAUGGUUUUAUUGGCCAGAGGAUGAACGUUUUAACUCGUUGCCUCAAGCAUGGAAGCCAUUCCCACCAAUUUGCAACAAGGAAAUAAACACCGCCUUCAAAGCCGGACGAACAGAUUGUCGGAUUACUCAUGCCGAGAGAACAUAUACGAUCGACUUUGUCACCAUGACGCAGAAACUGAGCGAGCGAAGUGGCCAAACCACUCCCAUCUACGGACAAGCCAAAUUCAAACAACCCUUCAGUAUCGCCGAAUUUAUUGAAGCCGAAAAUAUAUUAUCUCAACCCAGACCUGAGAUGGAAAAGCUGAUCAGUUCCAUAAUCUUCCUGCUUGAGCGUCUGAACGACUCGGAAACGUCGUCAACAGAAGUUGUGUUCUCUGCAGUCUCUCUUUUACUGAGGCUGACUGCGUUCCGUGAAAUGGCUGCUCAAUUUAUUGAGGCUGAUGGAAUAACCAAAGUGCUGACAUUGCGUUGCAACAAGCCAAACGUAUUGAUGACCUCUGUGUUAUGCUUGAUAUUGAGGAAUUGCAUCGAUAACGAGAAGUUGAACAAAUCAAUUCUGAAGGAAAUGAUGAGUGACCUGUCGGCGGGAAAUCCAAUUUGCCUCUCCGAUUUGUCCAAGCCUGUCAGCUCCAAACAACGUCGAUAUCAGAAGGACUUCAGGAGACUGCUCAAGCUGUUAGCUCCAUUAACUGGCCGUGACCUCAAUGGUCUCAUCGAAAUUACAAAAUCUGGAUUUGGUUAUAAGGAAAACUGGGAAUAUGAGGUGUCAAAACCCAGUCAAAUCGAAGUCAAGGUUGAAGAAAAUGAGAUCGUGAAUCUUAAAAAGGUAAGGCUUGAAAUUGGUUGGUCAUGAUUAACGUUUUGUUUAGGUUGUUGACGCCUCUGUAGCACAACUCAUUGAACAAGUUGAGAAUCCAGACACCUCAUCUGUUCGUGUUCUUCAAACCGGAAGUCUCCUUCACUUUGUUGCUGAGCUUUGCCGAACAUACAGCGAAGCUGCUGAAAUAAUAACUCGAAAGGAACACAAUGGGAUCUCAUUCCUAAGAUGGAUCUUGGAGAAAGUAAUGCUGGAGAACUUGAAGAAAAAUGAAUUGCAAGUAGCUGGGAAGGCUGUAUUCGUGACGUUGUUAAACGUGAAGAACACUCCCGAAUGUAACGAAGUGAUCGCCGAAGUUGUAAAGGAUACUCUUAACUCGAUUGUAAAGAAUGCUCCAAACCAAGAUGGAAUUGAAUCGGAGAAGAAGGCAUUCUGCGAGAGAUUAACUGCCAUGGCUCGGUUCUUAUCUCUCUUGAAAGAAUGCUCAAAGGUAAGAAAAGAUGUUCAAGAUAAUAUAGUUUGUAGGUAAAAUCUGGUGGUACAAAUCGAGAUCAGAGGGAACAGUUCUUUAUCAGAAAAGUGGACGCCAAGAACUUGUUGGUCAGCUUCGCUCACACCCUGUGGUUCCUCCCGUUGAAAGAAUCUUAUGUCGCAGAAGCCGCCAAUUCUCUUCUUCGGGUAUUCGAAGAAUUCAGUAGAUCGAUUGGAGUUCUGGCGUCGUAUGAUAAGAGUGUUGCCACGGCCGCUGAAAAGGCCAAUGCUAAGUCAGAGCCAAUUCAGAAUCCUGGUGGGGAACAACAACCAUCUUCAUCUAGCCAAGAAAACGAACAACAACAGCCACGCCCUUCUGCUGCGGUUCAAGACCAGGAACAUGAUGAUGGAAUAAACGACGAGAAUCCGGAUGUCUUGGAUCGGGUGAUGGCUGAAAUCGAGGAAGCCGAAAUAUUAUCGUACGGCGUCUUCGGCAACGAAGGAAAUGGCGGCUUCGCUGGCGGUGCGGAGUACAAUGAUGUUGUUGGAUCUCCAUCCCGUUCUCAAUCCAGCUCUGAUAGUUCCGAUGCAGAUAAUAACCAGCAAGGUGAUAAUCCUGCAGAAAUUUUCUCCGACGACGAAGAUGGCCAUAGACAGCAAGAGAGAAUGGAGAUUGGCAAUGACGUUGAUGUGGUCGGUGAUCGAGUCGAAGACGAUUACGAUGAACCAAGACAUGAUGAUGAGGAAGAAGUCGAAAUGAGAGAGGUGCAUGAAGAUGUAAACGACAAUGAAUUAAAUGAGACUUUUGAUGUUGACAACGAUGAUGAUGCAGAGGGAGAAGAUGAUGAAGAUGGGGACGACGAUGAAAUGGAAACCGAGGAUGAGACUGCAGAAGAAGAUGAACAAAGUCAAGACAAUCAGCCAGAGUUUGGGCAGAGAGUAGUGGAUGUGGGUGGAUUUAUACCUCAGGGAAAUUCUCUGCUCCAGGUGAAUGAAGUGGCAAAUGGACAAAAUAUGUUGUUCCAACAUGGGGACACGGAUCUAAUGACGGCCUCUGUGAACUUCAUCACGGAUUACAUCUCCAAUUAUUAUCGAGGAGAUGAAAGGCGAACACGUGAUGCUGAUUUUGUUAGAGGCCAGCUUUUUGAUAGAGCGGCCGAUUUGAACUUCAUCUGGAGACCGUCCUCUUCGUAUCUCCCCUCUUUAACCAACGGAGCCGGCACUCUGGGAUCAUUUGGAGCAGCCAGAACUGACUCAGCUCAUCCCCUCCUCAGAAGACCGAUUCAGAUCCCCGCUCGGGCAGCAGGAACCCAAGGAAGAGACGGUAACCAAGUUGGGUAUUCGCUUUCUGGUGGUGAUCGUAGUAUCUUCAACGACGCUGUGACGGGGGCGCAUCAGAUCAGGCAUAUUGAUUUUGGAAUUGAGCCAGUUAUAUCCAGAGCUUCAAGGGUAAGUAGUUUGUACCACUAACGAGGGAAGUCGUUCAAAUAGAAAAUGAGUUGAGCUAUGAGACCAGUAUAUUCGGAAUUCAAAAACGGUAAGAGCUAAAACAAUUUUUGCAAUGUUUUCAUCAUGGGUUUGCGCGUAGCGAGACUUGAACCCAUCACGGUCAAAAAAAGAUUUUGGAAGCGUUUUCACUCGCCCUCCGCCAUUUGGCUCUCGUUCCAAACGUCUUUCGGGGCGAGGGCUGUUUAGCUUGGUUUCCGGUCAAACUUUGUGGUCGAUUUUCUCGAAAAGCAGGACGCAAGCAUUGUUUUAGCUCCCUUUUGUGGAGAAUCAAAAUAUCCCGGUCUCAGAGCUCAACUUAUUCACGAUUUGAACGACUUCCCUCGUAAGUAAUCAUAUUAUUUUUACAGAACCGCGCCCACCAGUCUUCGAGACAUGUUCCAACAUUAAGACGACAAGGAGCCUUGAGGAAUAGAAUAUACGGAUUCAGUCGGCUUCAUCCCGAAGAAAUUUCGUUCUUUGAAGGUCAACUACACAAUCUGUUGAACUUCACUGAGGGCUCCCACGUUCGCUCAUUUGAUACGGUAAGAAAAAUUGUUUUUUUUUUCUGAACUUGACAUUGCACGCCCAUCCAGCGCAGUUGACGCUAUUUCCUGACUAUAGUGUAUGGACGAAAACAUACUUUUGUAACGAACUAACUGGUUUCUGUUUUCAGGAUAACGCUCGGGAUGCAGCUAUGGAUCGUCGAAGUGUGGAAUCUUUUGUUCCUUAUUACCUUGACAGAAUUACUGACUUUACAAGAUUGUUGAAUGCCCAGUCUGUUCACUACAUUGAAAUCAUAAUUUCAUCAUAUCUGAUUGAAAACUGCAAGCCUGUAAGUUAAAAGUAAUCUUUAUUAGUAUGAUUUAUUCAAGGAGGCCAAACCCAUUGAAAAGAAACUCACCCCACUCGAGGAAGUACCACCUCCGGUUGUCGAAAACCCGGUGGAAGAGAAUGCAGCGGUCAGGAAUGAGGAAGAUGAAGGGCAGUCUGCAGGCGAAGCGUCAGUCGAUUCUUCUGAACUUUCCAAUCGAUUUGCUGAUUUGGAUCAGAACGAAGAAGAAGAUGGAAUAUCUGCAAAUGUCAGUCAAGAAGAGUCCACGUUGGGAUCAGUUGGAGGAAGCCGAACCCCCGAAGCCCAAGAAACAAAUCUGCCAAUUGAAAGCGCAAUGGAGGUGUCUUCUCCUGAUCCACAACCAGAAACGGUCCCUCCACAGACGACGUCUCCAAUGGAAGCUACUGAAGUAAAUGAGGAGCAAGCUCCUGGACCACAAGAACCAUCGGAAGAACCUCAGCCAGGCCCGUCCGGUCUUCAGAAUGAACAAUUUAGAGCGAUUCUGGGAGACGUCGAUAUCCCCGAAGGCAUUGAUCCCGCUUUCUUGGCUGCUCUUCCGGAAGACAUUCGAAGCGAAGUCAUUCGGGAUCAUCAAAGACAGCAACGCCUGCAGAGACUAAGUCAAGAACAGCAGAGACAACGCCAGCAAGCUACUGGUUCCUCCGAUCAGCCAGCUGUUACUGAGAGUGCCCCAGAGGGUCAAGCUCCUGCUGUUGCUCACGAAGAAGAUGUUUUGGAUCAAGACUUCCUUGCUGCGCUUCCUCCAGAGCUGCAGGAAGAAGUGUUGGCCCAGAAUGAGCAACGUUUGGCUGCACGAAAUCAACAAAAUGCCCAGAAUCGGCCAGAACAGGCUCAGCCCCAAGCUAAUGUAGAUCCGGCUGUCGUCCAAGCCAACGAGAACGCUGCUUUGUUUGAAUCCUUGACGCCAUCAUUGAGGGCCUCUCUUUUAGCCGAUGCCGAUGAGUCGGUCCUGCAAUUCCUUCCAGCGAAUCUUCUUGCUGAAGCUACAAGGUUACGGCAGAAUAUGGAACACCAGGUAUUUGUUACUGUGACAGCCAAAAAGGCGGAGACGAGGAGUUUUUCGCCAUGGGCGUUUAAAAUUUAAGAACAUACAAUUUGUAGCAUGCGUUGAAAGUAAUGUAUUGGUGUAUAGCAUGUGGAGGUCAGAAAGGAUAUUGAUUGGUACCUGUGGGGCUCGAUCACAUAGAAAAACACGUUUUAUCCACGUCUUUGUUGGCCUGCCUUCUAAUAUGGAAAUAAGUAUGAAACUCUCCAUGCAAAAAUUUGCAAACAGGUGUCUCACGCAACUUUCGACUGAAAAGUAGUUUCUGUAAAGCGAGCCCCAAUCAAUAUAUACUUGAUAUACAUCAAUAUAUUACUCUCAACGCAUGGUAAAAAUUGUAUGUAAACAGCGUUUAACAAUAUGUUCUUAAAUUUUACACGGCCUAUGUGGCGAAGAAACUUCGUUUUGUGGCGGUAGUCUAUUUUAAUAUUUAUUUCAGAACUUGAUUCGUAUGGCAAGGACAUUACCACCAGGUCGCUCUGAAAGCUGGCGAAUGGCCGAUAUUCCGAUGGAGGAUGCUUUGAAUCAUAACAAGGACAUGGUUCAGAUCUUCGACAAGGAGUCAAUUACUACCAUUGCACUUCUGUACUUCCUGGAAAGAGACAGAUUCAGUCUUCCUCGUUUCCAAAGACUCUUUAAAGUUAUUUGUGGGCAUUCUGGAACAUGCGAUUUUGUUUUGAGGUCCUUGUUGGGAAUGCUUCAGGCCGCGAGCGAUGAUUCUGUCAUGAUGACUGAUGACGAGUUGUCUUCGUUUGCGUCUAAGUCGUCCUGGUUCUCCAACUUCAAAGUCCAGUCAGCUAUACAAUCUCAAGAACAGGCGCUGGUUGUAACCAAAGAUAAAGGUAAGCCGUCCUCGUUGAUUUGUAUAUGAAUUUUUCUAGUCUUUGUCAACAAGCUGAUCAGAACCGAAUUAUGUAAUCGGAUUUUGGAGACAAUCGCUUCUUUGGCUCGGCAAUGUUCCAUUAACUUCUUCCCUUCACAAUUUCGUUUCCAAAAUGGAUCGAAACAAGUUUGGCAGAAGCCUCCGGUUCUGUCGGACUUCUGGGAAACUGUCAGGAAAAUGGCCGAAUUAAUCGAUUCUUGUUCUCAGGAAAAGAUUAUCAGCGACAAACCGAAGGAAGAGCUGCCCCAACUUUCGGACGAAGAUUUCAAGAAUUCUCCCUUUGGACUUCUUCUUGCAUUUUCAACCACUGAACCAAUUGUAUCAUCACCUCAACUUCAAGAAAAAGUGCUCCGAAUCUUCCACACCGCUUUACAUACUCCUUUUCUGGCUAACAAUAAGAACAAGAUAGAAUUGGCAACCGGUGAAGAAGGAAAGAAGUUCUUGAUGACUCAUUUGGAAAAGUUGAUUGUGGUAUGUUUGUUGGCAUCGUAUAACUUUUUGUAGGGUGUAAUGGACUCCGUUGUAUACGACGACUCGUUCCGUGACUGUCGAAGCUUCCUAGUCCAACUUCUUUAUGUAUUCCCACAACUCCGUUAUGAUGUUUUCGUUAUCUUAUUUGAUGUGAUUAAACGACAAGGAAUCAAGUUGGCCGACAUGCUCAGGACGAUGAAGGUUUCGUUUGAGAAGAGUGGGAAAUUAUUAGAUGACGAAGAACGGGAGGCCGCACAAUCAGAAGCUGCGGACAAAGGAGUGGCUACGUCGGUCGAGAAGAAGUCCCAAAAACAGAACUCUCCAAAGAGAAUGUUGCGAUCUUUGAACACUGUAUCCUUCGUCAGAUCGCAAUUGGCCGAGAUGAAUCGGAGAAAAAAACCAGCACAGGAUGCCGCUAAUGAUGAAUUUAUUGGCAAGAAGGGGGAGGAGAAGGAGGAAGCGCUGCUUUACCAACUUCUUGAUGAUCUAGAUCAACUUUGGAAAUUGCUGAGUGAAUGUCUGGAUUGCAUGAGCAAGGCGGAAGACAACCGGGCCGUCAUGAGUCUUCAAUAUGUUGCCGAGGCCUACUUCCUGUCACAUGCCCUGACCAUUAACAGUUCUCUCCAAGAUGCUGAGGAAGUUCCAUCUACAGAAAAUGCGAAUGAGGGAACUUCACAGACUCAAGGAUCGGUCCCCAGACAAGCUUCUACCGAAUCUAAUCCCUCGACUUCAAAGGCUGCUUCAUCCAGAAAGGGAUCAGUUCUGUUGACCGAAGGACCGGCUAGUCGAUUUACUCAAGGAAUGCUUGGAUUUGCUGGUGAGGGAAUGUUUGAUACCUAUUUUAAUUAGUGACAUUCAAUCUAACUUUGUUAUUUUUAGAACGUCACCGAACGGUACUAAAUCAAAUCCUGAGAAGCAGUAAUAAUAAUGUCAUGGAAGACAGUGCAUUUGCUGUCUUGACUUACUUCCCCAAAUUGUUGGACUUUGAUGUGAAAAGGAAGUACUUCUAUAAAGAGAUCAGAAAACUCGAAGAUCGAACCCGGUUCCGACAAGAAGAUGUUCCAGUUCGAAUUCGACGCAAUCACUUAUUCAGCGACAGUUUCCGGGAAUUGUUCCGUCUUCGUUCCCAAGAUUGGAAGUCCAGGUUCUACAUCAUUUUUGAAGGAGAAGAAGGCCAAGAUGCUGGUGGAUUGCUUCGGGAAUGGUAUAGUAUUAUUACUAGAGAAGUCUUCAAUCCCAACUAUGCUCUGUUUAUCACAGCUCCAGGCGAUGGUGUCACUUAUAUGGUUAAUCGGCUGUCAUAUGUGAACCCUGAGCAUCUGGAAUACUUUAAGGUAAAGGAUAUGGGUGAAUACCCUUUUCGGGUCCGCGUUUUCGGAUGAUCCCCUUUUCGGGUUUUGCGUAUUUGGAUUGAACUUUUUCAGAUUACGUGUUUUUGGGUAGGUGCUUUCCGGGUGUUGAGUAAAAAUGAUAAACCCGGAUACUGUUGAUGACCCAACAUUGUAAAUAACUAGAAAAGAUAUUUUUUACCUGGUUUUGUGAGUCCCAGCUAUGUAAUACAAAAUAUGAUUUUAAUAAUCUCUAAAUUGGAUUCAAUCAAGAAACUCUGCGUUUUAAUAGUAAGAUCUACACCGCCAUUUUCACAAAUUGCCCUUUAUUUUUGAAUCCGUCACGGUCGAAGCCUCCAAAAACGGGUGAAAAAUAUUUUCCGAAUUAUGUACAAUGUUGCGUAUUCGGGUUUACAUGCAUCAUUCGAAAAGUCUCCGCCCAAAAACCCUAACCCGGAAGGUCCUAAUUUGAAAGGGGAUACACGAAAAGUCCUGAUUCUUAAAGGUCUCCCCUUAUUAUAAACUUGUUUCAGUUUGUUGGUCGUAUCAUCGCCAAGGCUAUCUAUGACAACAAGCAGUUGGAUUGUUAUUUCACAAGGGCUUUCUACAAACACAUACUCAAUCUUCCCAUCAGAUAUCAGGACAUCGAAUCCGAGGACCCAGAAUAUUAUAAAAAUCUGAAAUUCUUGCUGGAUAACCCGUUGGAGAUGGUUGGAGUCGAUCUCCAUUUCAAUCUGGAGGUGGAAGAAUUUGGAGUUCGUAACUGGAGAGAACUAAAGGAAGGCGGAAACAAGUUGCCGGUGAAUGAUGAGAACAAAGAAGAGUACGUGAAGUUGGUGUGUCAGAUGAAGAUGGCCGACGCUGUCCGCAAACAAUUGGAUGCCUUCUUGUCUGGUUUCUAUGAAAUCAUCCCCAAAAAGUUGAUCUCCAUCUUCAACGAACAAGAGCUCGAACUUCUCGUUUCUGGCCUCCCUGACAUUGACAUCGACGACCUCUACAACAACACUGAAUAUAAACAAUAUUCCCGGUCAUCCCCGCAGAUCCAGUGGUUCUGGAGAGCGCUGAGAUCGUUCGAAAAAGAAGAUCUGGCCAAGUUUCUUCAAUUUGUGACUGGAACGAGUAAGGUCCCGCUUCAAGGAUUUGCCCAUCUUGAAGGAAUGAAUGGAGCGCAGAAAUUCACCAUCCAUAUGGACUCCCGAUCUAGUGAACGAUUGCCCUGUGCCCACACUUGGUAAGUAAUUUAUCAGUGGUCUUAUCGUCUCAUUUUCAGCUUUAAUCAAUUGGAUUUGCCACAGUAUGAGAGCUAUGAACAAUUGCGGAAGCUGUUGUUGAUUGCUGUCAGAGAAUGCACCGAAGGUUUUGCCUUCGCCUAA